GCUUUGCCUCACCACGGUGUCGGUUGCCAGUGUCCGGUGUGACGACAGCACCUCUCUGCCUCGUGGUACGCAGUACACGAUUGGUAAUAUGGAAUGCUUCUUUCCACUUCACAAUCUGUCUUUUCCGUGACAUGAUGCGGGGAAGAACCGGCGCUCUGGGACGUGGUCGGGGCGUCUUAUGCCGACACAUCCACUGAUGUGCUCUUCAGAGCAAAGUUGACGCAACCACUUGCAAAUGCCAUAGCAAUGCUAAUUACAAUCGAAGCUGAGCCAAUCCAACGAGUUCCAUAUUUGCUACGUACCUCUUCAGUCGAGAACUUUCCAAGCUUGUCAUACCCAUCUUGACAAAACUUCCACCGUUUAUUCUUUCACACACCAUAUCGAUAACGGCUUCCGGUCCCGCCUCACACCUACCCCACCAUUAGGGCACCCCCCUGCAAUGACGUUGGAGAAAGCCCCUCCUCCCUCACCAUCCAUUCUAGAAAGCAUGCCUCGCUCGACACCACCACAACGCUCACCAUCACCACCACCAACAUACAACGAAAGCGAUUCUAUCCCCCUGGAAUCCCUCUUCCCAACCGGCCAAUCCACAACCCCCAAACCACCUAUUUCCCCAUCUCUACCCCCCCUGAAAAUCCCCUCCCAAUCCCAACUCCCCACCCUCCUCUUCAUAUCCAUCCUCUUCCUAGCGUUCUUCCCCUCCCUCUUCCACACCCUCUGGACCCUCCCCUUCUCCUUCCUCUUCCCCUCCCACCACAACACCCCCACAAGCUACCACUCCCCCCCCUCAGCAGUAACAAUGUGGACCCAAAAACAAUUCACCCUCCCCUCCCGCUCUCGCGGCUCAUACCUCAUCACCGACACCAUCAUCAAGGAACUCCCUGAGAUCAAAAACUACAAAGUGGGCUUGUUGAACCUGUUUAUCCAGCACACCUCCUGCGCGUUGACUCUGAAUGAGAAUUGGGACGAGGAUGUCAGGGCGGAUAUGAGUGAUGCGUUGGAUAAGAUUGUGCCGGAGCAAGGGCCGAAGGGGGAGGCGCUUUAUAGGCAUGAUGCUGAGGGGCUGGAUGACAUGCCUGCUCAUGUCAAGAGUGCUUUGAUUGGGGCUAGUGUUACUAUUCCGAUCAAGGAUGGGAAACUGUGCACCGGAACGUGGCAGGGGAUCUGGUAUCUCGAGUUUAGAGCCGCCAAGCAUAGUCGCCGGGUUGUUGCUACGAUACAGGGCGAGAAGGCUUGACUGGGGGAGAGGUUGUAGAUUGGGAGUGGUUGGGGUUGGUCGGGGCUUUUAUGA